CUAAUGGCUUCCACAUUCUGGUUCAUCAUCUGGGCAUUACUCAUCACUGAUGCGGUAUGGACUCGAAGUGUAAGGCAGGUUCAUGAGAUGAAUGAGCCAGAAGUCUGGACUGUUGAUGACUUUGAUUGUCCCAGGGAAUGUUUCUGCCCACCUAGCUUUCCUACUGCUUUAUACUGUGAAAAUCGAGGUCUUAAGGAAAUUCCCGCUAUCCCUUCAAGGAUAUGGUAUCUUUACCUUGAAAAUAACCUGAUCGAAACCAUUCCGGAGAAACCAUUUGAGAAUGCCACCCAGCUGAGAUGGAUCAAUCUUAACAAGAACAAAAUAACCAAUUAUGGGAUUGAAAAAGGAGCCCUGAGUCAACUUAAGAAGUUGCUUUUCUUAUUUCUUGAAGACAAUGAGCUGGAGGAAGUACCUUCUCCUUUGCCAAGAAGUUUAGAACAACUACAACUAGCAAGAAACAAGGUGUCCAGAAUUCCUCAAGGGACCUUCAGCAAUCUGGAGAAUCUCACCCUUCUCGAUCUGCAGCACAAUAAGCUGUUAGACAAUGCCUUUCAGAGAGACACCUUCAAGGGACUCAAGAACCUCAUGCAGUUAAAUAUGGCCAAGAAUGCUCUGAGGAAUAUGCCUCCCCGAUUACCAGCCAAUACAAUGCAACUGUUUUUAGACAACAAUUCUAUUGAAGGAAUACCAGAAAAUUACUUCAAUGUCAUUCCUAAAGUGGCCUUCCUGAGACUAAACCACAACAAAUUAUCUGAUGCAGGCCUCCCUUCUAAUGGUUUUGAUGUGUCAUCAAUUCUAGAUCUUCAACUGUCUCACAACCGACUCACCAAAGUUCCCCGAAUCAGUGCUUAUCUUCAGCAUCUUCACCUUGACCAUAACAGAAUCAAAAGUGUGAAUGUCACUGUGAUGUGCCCAACUCCUUCUACUCGUCCCGAAGAUCGAGAUUUGUUCACUUAUGGCCCUCGUCUUAGCUACCUUCGUCUGGAUGGGAAUGAGAUCAAACCGCCAAUUGCAAUGAAUUUAAUGACUUGCUUCAGACUCUUGCAGGCUGUCAUUAUUUAA